AAGCUUAUAUAUAAUGGUAAGUGUGGAAGAGUUAGAAAAGGAUAAACAAUGGUGAAGCAUUUGCAAGCGUUGAUGGCAAUGCGGAGCAAGAAAUGCGUGCUGACGGUCCUUGCGCUCUUCGCUCUCUCCACUCUCACUCUCCUCUUCAUCCGAACCUCUUCCGAUUCCUGCAACACCGCGCUUCUUCAGCUUCGACUUUUGGAACCUUCUCAGACUCGGACCGAAUCCUCAUCGGAACCGAACUCCAAUCCUCUCCAAUUCAUGAAGUCGAAGCUCGUUCUCAUGGUUUCGCACGAACUCUCUCUCUCCGGCGGACCUCUCUUGCUCAUGGAACUAGCGUUUCUGCUGCGCGCCGCUGGAUCUGACGUCGUUUGGACCACAAUUCAGAAACCGCCGCAAACCGACGAUGUCGUCUAUGCUCUGGAGAACAAAAUGCUCGAUAGAGGAGUGCAGGUGCUGGAUGGAAAAGAUGAGAAGGGCGUGGACACAGCAUGUAAGGCUGACUUGGUGAUUUUGAAUACAGCUGUGGCUGGGAAGUGGCUUGAUGCUGUUCUCAAAGAGAAAGUUUCGGAGGUUCUUCCAAAGGUUUUGUGGUGGAUUCAUGAAAUGCGAGGGCAUUAUUUCAACGUGGAGUAUGUUAAGCACCUCCCUUUUGUUGCAGGUGCCAUGAUCGAUUCUUAUACAACUGCUGAAUACUGGAAGAAUAGGACUAGGGAGAAUUUAGGGAUUAAAAUGCCAGAAACCUAUGUUGUGCAUCUUGGAAAUAGCAAGGAGCUUAUGGAGGUUGCGGAAGAUAGUGUGGCCAAGACGGUUCUUCGAGAACAUGUUCGAGAAUCUCUGGGAGUGAGGAAUGAUGACCUACUUUUUGCCAUCAUAAAUAGUGUUUCACGUGGUAAAGGGCAGGAUUUAUUUCUUCGGGCCUUUUAUGAAAGUUUGCUGCUCAUCAAGGAGAAGAAACUGCAAGUGCCAUCUUUGCAUGCUGUAGUUGUAGGGAGUGAUAUGAAUGCCCACACGAAGCUUGAAAAAGAAUUGCGUCAGUUUGUCAUGGAGAAAAAAAUCCAGGACCGUGUUCACUUUGUUAACAAAACAUUGGCAGUGGCUCCAUACCUGGCUUCUAUUGAUGUUCUUGUUCAGAAUUCUCAGGGUAGGGGAGAAUGUUUUGGGAGGAUAACCAUUGAAGCAAUGGCAUUUCGCUUGCCUGUACUUGGAACUGCAGCUGGGGGCACCAUGGAGAUUGUGGUGAAUGGGACAACUGGUUUGCUGCACCCGAUUGGAAAAGCAGGUGUGACACCUCUUGCAAAAAACAUAAUGAAUUUGGCAACUCAUGUUGAGAGGAGGCUGACUAUGGGAAAGAAAGGAUAUGAGAGAGUGAAGGAGAGAUUUCUAGAGCCUCAUAUGGCACAGAGAAUUGCAUCGGUUCUUAAGGAUGUGCUACGGAAAGGGUAACCACAAUUUUCAGCUUAGGCAUUUUUUCUGUUCUAAAAUUGGAAAUCCUACAGGAUAGAGAGAAUGUCAUAAAUAGUGUCAAUUGUAUACCACUGUUGCUCAUGCCAUAUGUAGCAUAUGCUGUAAGAAACUGUUCUAUUUAUAGGCUUUUGAUACACAUCUACACAUCAUAUUCUUUAAUUUUCUAUAUCAAUUGUUGAGAUUAUUUAUUUGUUUUAUCCUUA